CACACACGUCAUUUCUUCCAACGCGAUCCUCGCUUCCUCACCGGUCCAGGUCCCCAGGCCCAAAUCCGCUAUCAACACUCAUAAGACACUAUUACACCGGGGAUCCUUUACCUCUGACUAUGGAAUACAAUUCGCAGUGAAUGAAAGAAAAAAUUGACUUAACAGUUGUGUGCUUAAGCCCCAGAAUACGCUACAAGCGUUGGGGCUGUACCUCGGGCUGCCGGUCUUGCUGCCGUGGGGAUGGUAUUAAACCCUGGCGAGGGCUGUAUGGAUCAGGCUUCAGGGGAUAAUGUCGGCAGACGCCAGAGCACCGUGGACCUGUCGGGAUCAGGGCAGAGAACAGAUCAAGCUAAAGUCACCGGCAGAUCGCACGCCAAGGGCGCCAACAAGAGUAGCCUCACCAGGAACGAGGCAGCAUCCACCAAUGGACUCCUGGCACCUAAUGAAGCCUUGGAUGAUCCCCAGCUCCGAACGGCAGAGAAGAAGCCCAGCAGGGGCCGGUCCAGCCCCAGACCCCUGCUCCGACGGCCCCUCAGCCUGGACAUGACGGCGCCGCCGCCGCAGCGCAUUCGAGGGUCCCUGGAGACGGCGACGGCUGACCGACGGGCCGUCCAGCCCCCCUGGCGCAGCGGGCCGGUCCCGCCGGCGCCCCCCACGCGGAGCCUCACCAGCCCCAGCCUGAACCCUGGCGGGUGGAUGCGGCGCAGCGAGAGCUCCUGCUCUGUCAACAAAUCCCUGGGACUCCGGGCUAGCACGGGACGCAUGCGGCCCGCCACCUCCCUGCCACACAUCCCCAAGGGGCCCCUGAGUGGCGGGGGCCCGCUGGCCUCGGGGCCCAGGCCCUGCCUGCUGGUGGCCCUCCGGCCCCUCAACCUGGAGCAGGAGAGGCAGGCCUUCUUCCAGGCGGACUAUAAGUACGAGCCUCAGUUUGAGUACUCCCAGCCCGAGCCAAGCAGCGUGCUGGAGAAAUACAAGGAAGGGUCCGGACUCUUUCUGCAGCAGGCAGUCGGAAUCAUGGAAUGUGUUCUCCGGAAGUUCGAGUCCUAUGAGAACUUUGAGGAGGUGACGGGUGGCAGCGUCCUACCCAAGAGUCGAGUGUGGGCGGCCGUGCGCAAAUAUCUGCAGAAGGAGCACUGCGUAGGAGAGGUGGUGGUGUGCCUGUCUGAGGAGCUCCUCUCUCAGGCCGUGAUGAUGGUGGAGAGAUGUCGACCCACGCUGACCAUCAACCUGGGAGGCGCGCGACAGCACUGGCUGGAGGGCAUGCUGAGGCACGAGAUAGGCACCCACUACCUGCGCGGGGUGAACAACAACCUGCAGCCGUGGAGCACGGCGGUGGGCAGGAAGCAGUUCGGCCUGAAGCCGGCCAACCCCACGGAGGAGGGCCUGGCCAGCCUGCACAGCGUGCUGCUGAGGAAGCAGCCCUACCUGUGGCGCGCGGCCCUGCUCUACUACACCGUGUACCACGCCGCCUCCAUGAGCUUCAGCCAGCUCUUCGGCCACAUCGCCCGCUUCGUCCAGGACCCGGCCGUGCGCUGGGAGUACUGCCUGCGUGCCAAGAGGGGACAGAUGGACACGUCGCAGCCAGGGUGUUUCAGCAAAGACCAGGUCUACCUGGACGGGAUCCUCAGGAUUCUUCGACACCGCCGGACCAUCGACUUCAAAAUGUUAACCUCCUUAGGCAAGGUGUCCUUCGAGGACGUGGACAGGCUGCGACCCUUGGCCGUGCUUCGUAGGACCAGGAUCCCACACUUCAUGCAGGACCCGGAACGAUACCUGCAGCACCUGGACAACAUCGUGGCCGCGAACGAGCUGGACGACGAGGAGCUGCAACAGCUCCUACCCUGAACGCCCUGCUACACACACAGACACCUUCACUCUUCCCCUGCCUGCAGCACACACACACACACACACACACUCACCUCACUCUCCCCCCUCCACACACAAAGAUACACACACACGCACAAACACACACCUUCACUCUUCCCCCCUGCAGCACACACACACACACACCUUCACUCUCCCCCCUGCAACGCACACACCUUCAAUCUUUCCCCUACAUACACGCACACACACACACACCCCUUCACUCUCCCCCCUGCAACACCUGAGCUAAGUGGCUCACCUGCAGCCGUACAAAGGUCUGUUUUGUUUUUUUUAAAAGGAAGGUAUCCAAUUGUAUUGGGAGUAGAUUUUGAUAUCCAACGGAAAUAUCGUUAUCGUAUUUAACCAAUGCUUGUAUGGGCGCCUUGAAAAAGAAAAAAAAAAAAAAACUUGAAUUGUACGAACCACGGGGCAUAUACACAAAUCACCUCUAUCUACAUUUCAAAUGAUUAUCAUGUGUCUUAUGCAUGUCAGUGUCUCCCUUUUCCUUUUUGCAUAUAAGUAUUUUACAAGUGCCCGUCCACUCCCGCCUUGACACUCCCUAUGAAAUUACCUCAAUACUCUUCCACUAAAUAUGUACUUUUCAUCCACACAGUAUUAAUAUAUGUAACGCCUAUACAGCACAAUAAUACUAUUGUGUCUUGUAAUGUUCUUUUUUUUUGCAUUCAUUAGCAUAUCAUUAUUUAUGCAAUUUUUUUUUUUUUAUAUUCAUUUGUUUUACUAAGAAAAUGAUUGAAUGUCAAUGGUAUUAGCUUUAUACCGGACCUUUUAGUCAAGAACCGUUUUUUUAUGCCUUAGGGUGUUUGAAUUUGCAAAAAAGGGCACCAAGGAUCCAUCAGUUUCAGGUGGUCAACUGAGACCCAGAAUCUCUAAAAUAAGAAGUGCCAGUGGACUCAGUGUCUUAGAAAACUAUCCCUGGGCUUAUUUUCUUAAAGCUUUGAGAGUUACCAAUACCAUGAUCAGGUCUUCUAAGGGUCCUUGGUGGUCUUUCGUAUCGAUGCUACUGUAUUGUGAUGCACCCGUUCAGGCUUCCCUUGCGCUGCAACCAAACUUGUUUGUCUCCGAGCCACGAAGGCUUCUUAAAUGAACUCUUAGCCUAAUACCACUUGCAGCGCUAGGCGGCUAAUCACCAUAGCUUAGCCUCAUUCGUCCUAUGUGCGUUUCAGCCUCAUUCUUGCCUGUGCCCUGAUACACAGGGAGAGGAACGCAGGGUGCGGUGGGCGUGCCUUUGAUGGGUGUAAAACUCAUCUGCUGUAGCCAGUAUUUGUAUUAGAAGGCGGCUUUUUUGAAGUGUUUAUCAUUUAUUAUACAUUAUUGUAUGUCAAUGCAUUUGUUUUGGUGGCGUGGGCCUAGAGGUGUUCAGUCUUCUAGUUUGUAUGCGUUGGCACAUGACUAAGAAAAAAAACUCAGCCAACUUAUUAUUAAAAAUGAUUCAAUUUUGCAUACAAAUUGACUUUCAAAUGUGAAAGCCAUUCCUGUUAUCGAUUUCCAAUAUUUGCACUAGAGAAUUCUGCUUUGUUUACAAGGAAACCCUAUAUUGGUAAGCAGAUACAAAUUUGUAUUCACCAAAGUCGAAUUGAGGUGACCUCAAUUUAGAAAGACAUAACUAAGCCCAGUUCGACCUUAACAAAUGCGCCCAUUCGUAUUGCACAUAUGAUGCACCGUUUGUUCUGGAAGCCAUGUAUUCCAAAUGCAUUUCUUUCAAAAAAUAAACUGUGAAUCUGGUGUCAUUAACAACCUAACACUUUUCAUUUAGUCUUAAUAAAAAUAAAAGAUUGAAAAAAUAA